AUGGAACUUUUGGGAAUCGAAGAAAGACACUCAGUAAUUAGUGAGAAUAUUGGUUUGCGGUUUAAAGAUGUGGGGGGAUUACACGAAGCCAAGGAAGAAUUACAAGAAGUCGUGGCUUUCUUCCCCAAAGCCUUGGCUGGCGAGUGUGGUUUGCCUUUUUUGUUCCGCUCGGGUUCGGAGUUUGAAGAAAUGUUGGUAGGGGUUGGUGCCCGGCGGGUGCGGGAACUUUUUCAGGAAGCCCGACAUUACCCCCAAGGUUGUAUCGUUUUCAUUGACGAAAUCGAUUCGAUUGGCAAAAAGCGGGGCACACCGAAUAGUAAUGAUUUAACGCUCAACCAGUUAUUAAAUGAAUUGGACGGUUUUCAGCCACGGGAAAAUAUUUUUCUUAUCGCAGCGACCAACUUUCCGCAAACUCUAGAUAGUGCUUUAUUACGACCCGGGCGGUUUGACCGGCAAAUAUAUAUCCCGUUGCCUAAUCUCCAAGCCCGGCGAGAAAUUAUUAAACUAGCUGCUCCCAAAAUUCCUUUCCGAUCGGAUGUGGACUUGGAAGAAUUAGCCGCUUUAACUCGGGGUCUUAGCGGAGCACAAAUAGUUAACUUGUUUAAUGAAGCAGCUUUGUUAAGUUUACGUCUCGGUCAGCCAAAAAUCAGUGCUGACUUGAUUUUUGAGGCUUAUGACCGAGUGCUUAUGGGUCCGUCCUCAACUAGCAACGUUAUUUCCCCCCGCAAGCGGAGAAUAACGGCUUUUCACGAGGCGGGCCAUGCACUGGUCGGGUUGAGUUUACCCGAGACCAGCGUCAAAAAAAUCACCAUUGUCCCCCGUUGGUUGGCCGCCCAAGUGGCCGCGGCUUUGGGUGGACGGGCCAGCGAAGAACUAAUUUUUGGCACCGGACACAUUACCGCCGGAGCCGCCCAAGAUUUUAAAAAUGCUUCUCAACUAAUCAAAGAUUUUAUUUACCAUUAUGGCAUGUCAACCUUAGGAAUUGUCCCUGCCCCGGAACCUUUUUUGGCCGGAGAGGAAAUUUUCGAACAAUUACCCGAAAAAAGCAAAGAAAAAAUUGCUAACGAACGCGAAGAAAUAUUGCGUUGA